AAGAAUAUAAAAAGGAGAAACGAGUUAUUAUCAUUCUUGAAGGGGCCCACUUACAGCUAAUCGAAACGAAGAGGUACAUUUACGAGCUAGCCAACAGCAUGAAGCAUAAGCACUUAUUAAGAGACAGAAAAAAAGAUGAGGAAAUAAGAAACUACAGACCCGAUAUCCUACACCAGUGCCUAAUUCACCUCUUAGAAAGUGCACUAAAUAAAUAUGGCCUCUUGCAAGUGUACAUAAAAACACAUGACAACCAAUUAUUCUUUGUCUCUUCGAAUUUAAAAAUUCCGAAAACGUAUGACCAAUUCGAAUCCCUAAUGGUUACCUUCCUACGGAAAUAUAAAAUAAAGGCAAAUGAAAAAAAUUUGUGUUUGCUAAAAUUUCUGAAAAAUGACUAUAAUGCUAUUUUACCAAUUAAUGGAAAAAAAAUUGGCUUGUCUGUAAAGGGAAGGAAAGUACAUUUGCCUGACUAUGUUCAGAAUUUCCAGAACGAAAAUACCCCCGUCACGUUUUUUAUUGGGGCGGUGGCCUACUCCAAUCCAAUUAUGAAGCUUGAAAAUUUAGACGACAACAUUAGCAUUUCUGAAUUCAGCCUUAGUGCUGCCACGUGCUGCUCCACCAUAUGCUCAGAGUUUGAGAAUUUGUGGGGCGUCUUCU